AUGAACAAUAACAAAGCCAUCUUUUCACCUAUCAAGCUUGGCAAACACCAUCUUCAUCAUCGUGUCGUCAUGGCGCCCCUCACUCGCUUCAGAGCGACAUUGGAUGCUGUGCCUACUGAUUCUAUGGUUGAACAAUACAAACAAAGAGCUACUGAAGGAGGCCUUAUGAUUACUGAAGCUACAUUCAUCACCCGCCUUGCUGGUGGGUUCAUACGAGCUCCUGCAAUCUACACUCAAGAGCAAAUCAACGCAUGGAAGAAAGUGACAGCAGCAGUCCACGAAAAGAAAGCAACCAUAUUCCUUCAGCUGUGGCAUGUUGGCCGUGCGGGCGCUAACCGUUUGAAUCCAAAUAAUGAGCAAGUUGUAUCUGCAUCUGACAUAGCAAUCCGUGGCAAUCACAUCUUGAUGGCCGGUGCUUAUGAUAAACCGCAUGCGCUUACCCUGGAUGGAAUCCAAGCCAUUAUUCAAGACUACCGUCAGGCCGCUUUGAAUGCUAUGGAAGCUGGCUUUGAUGGUGUGGAGAUUCACUCUGGUAAUGGCUAUCUUCUUGAUCAAUUCAUCAAUACAAAUAGUAACAAACGCACUGAUAUCUACGGUGGCUCUAUUGCUAAUCGAACUCGGUUCGCGCUUGAGGUGUUGGAAGCAGUGGUUGGUGCAGUUGGCCCUGAACGUGCUUCAAUUCGUCUUUCCCCAUCCACUCAAUUUCAAGAUAUGGGUGAUGAGACCCCAGUAGAGACUUGGAGCUAUCUUACUAGUGAAAUCCAAAAGAGGUUUCCCACAUUGGCCUAUCUCCAUUUUAUUGAGCCUCGUGCAAAUAUGUUUGACAGCUCUGUGAAUCUGGUGGAUUCCCUCAGUCAUUAUCGCAAUCUAUUCAAGGGCCCUUUUAUUUCCGCAAGUGGUUACUCGACAGCUCCAGAACAUGCCAUCGACAUUGCUGAAAAAACUGGCGAUUUGGUCGCUUUUGAGCGUGCUUUUGUCGCUAAUCCGGAUCUUGUAGAAAGACUUCGUAAUGGCUGGGAGCUGAACAAAUACGAUAGAAGUACAUUUUACACUCAUGAUGAUGUAGGGUACCUUGAUUAUCCUUACUACAAAUAA